AUGGGUGGUCAUCUGAAUCCUAAGACCGGAGUUUACAUCGGCGACUGGGGUGACCUUGGCUGCCCGACUCCCCAGCGCAUUACCACCUACUCUCUGUCUGCCAACCGUCAGCGCCCCCUGGCCGGUGCCUUCAACGCUGCCAUCUUCAACACCUUCCGUAGAUUCAGACACCAGGUCCUCUACGUCGUUCCUCCUUUUGUUGCCGCUUACGCCGCUAUGAACUGGGCCAUUGAGAGAAACGAGUACCUCAACUCCAAGCCUGGUCGUCUCACCGAGGGUGGUGGUGAUGAAUAA